UGUUCCUUAAGCCUAUCCCUCACUCAAGAUUUGAGGCUGUUAAAACGAUGAAGUGUAGAUUUGGUUCUGUUUUCGUGAUUCUUGUGCUUUUAACAAUCGCGCGGAGUCGAAAAAUAUAUUCAGGAAAAGAAAUCGACUUGAAACGUUUAUGCGGAGUAUGGUAUCUCACACUUGGUGUAAAUACCUGGGACUGGAAUGUUUUGUGGGGAUGUCACCUCAUGGUACCUUUCAAUACAACAGAGAACGAUAUGAAUGUUUACUCAUACAAAUAUCCCAAGAACAAAUUAGAUGCUCAUGUUUCAAUCAUCGAUGAUGUGAGGCGGGACUCUUUGGGUUAUUAUUGGAUAUAUUCACAAACGGAUGGUCAAUCACAAAGGAGAUCAGGCAUCAAUAUUGAAUCCUCUCAAGUCCAAGAUAAACAAUGGUAUCAUUCUCAUCGACAUCGCUUCUAUACAGACUACGAGACCUAUCUCUGUGUGCUGUCGUCUGCAAGCGAUGGUCAGAAAAUUUUGCAAUGUUUCACCCGGACUCCAUCGUUAUCUGGCGAGGAGAUUUCCAAGUUGACGUCGUUUGCAACUGAACAAGGAAUCGACGCAGCGACGUUAACUACCUUCGGAUGUGGAGAUCUGGUUCCGUCAGACUAUUUGUUGGGUUAACAAUAUUAUUAGCAUUUUUGUGCAAUGUCGUUUUAGUUGUAAUUAUUCAGAAGUGGUCUUAAAUCUUUAUAAAACAAAAACACCGAUUAUACAAGUAUAAAAUUUGUUGUGAUUUAUCAAAAAUUUGA